UUAUCUUCCGCUGCUCACCACAAUCAAUCUACUUAUCUUGCACUGCUCACCACAAUCAACCUACUUAUCUUCCACUGCUCACCACAAUCAACCAGUAUUUAUCUUCCGCUGCCCACCACAAUCAAUCUACUUAUCUUGCACUGCUCACCACAAUCAAUCUACUUAUCUUGCACUGCUCACCACAAUCAACCUACUUAUCUUCCACUGCUCACCACAAUCAACCAGUAUUUAUCUUCCGCUGCUCACCACAAUCAAUCUACUUAUCUUGCACUGCUCACCACAAUCAAUCUACUUAUCUUCCACUGCUCACCACAAUCAACCAGUAUUUAUCUUCCACUGCUCACCACAAUCAACCAGUAUUUAUCUUCCACUGCUCACCACAAUCAAUCUAUUUAUCUUCCACUGCUCACCACAAUCAAUCUAUUUAUCUUCCACUGCUCACCACAAUCACUCAACUUAUCUUCCUUUGCUCACCACAACCAAACAUUUUAUCUUCCGCUGCUCACCACAACCAGCAUACUUGUAUGACACUGUCUACCACAAUCAAUCUGCAUGUAUUACACUGCUCACCAAAUCUUGGCUUUUUCUACUGGUCAUAUUUGUGAAAAAUCUGAAGCCUCUUUCAUCAUAGCCUUUUAGUAGCAUAAUUCUUAUUGAUGGUCUACCAGUUCUAAAACAAUCAAACCAUGCAUUGAAUAGACUCCAUGGAAGUAGCCUUGAUAAAAAUAGGUGGGGAAAAUAACAAUAUGUAUGGCAAAUUACAAAAUAUGAGGCAAAUUACAAUAUGAGAGGCAAAACUUGAGCAAAAUAGGAUGUUAAUACUCGCAUGAUAA